AUGUCCCAACCAACUCAAGAGGAGAUGGACGGUUUGUAUACAAUUCAGAAUAUCAAUAAUGUUGUUCACAACAACACUUACAAUUAGAAAUCUUUCGCAAAUAUUUUCUUGCAGAGUACAAAGACGCUUUCGCUUUAUUUGAUAACGAAGGCGACGGCAAGAUCGAGUCGGAUCAGAUCGGUAGGCUGCUUCGUUCUUUGAACCUCAACCCCGAUGACGAAGACAUUGUGAAGAUCGAAAAAGAAGUGGGUGAGUAAUGAAGAAUUUUUAUCGCGCAAUUACGAUCUGAUCUUUGAAUUCCUAUUAAUUGAUCGACAUUCAGAAGUUAUCUUCUUUGAUUCGCGUUAAACACCGGUCAGGGGGCUUUUGUUCUGAGAAUGAUAACAAUGCUAUCGUUUGGCCUAAGAGUUAUUCUAUCCAUUUGGUAACUUAAACGUUUAUGUUCUAGAUUUUGCGACCCAUAACAAACAAAUUUUAAGAAUUGUUGAGAAAGGUGCCGCGAAUGAGACAAACAGAUGUUGCGUUACGGUUCAACUUCAACUGUAAAAUAGACAAGUUAUUGUAGGUUAGGCCUCAUAAAGCUGAUUUAUCUCAUCUUUCGUCAAGCUGGCUUCCCAUGUCGAGCGAUGAUCUCUUUCUGUUGCGUUUUUUUCGUCACGCGAGUAAAUGAAGAGUAGUUAGUGUUUUUAUUUGAUGUGUGAUAACUAAGACCAUUUCACCUCGUACAUGCAUGAUUAGUAAGCAGGUCGAGAAACAAUUUGAAAAAAAUAUGAGUUCUGAAAACAGUCACAGAAGAAAAUCGUGUCUAAGUAACAAUGCGUAAGGUCCUUUCCUGUUACACACUGUAAGAGUAGUAAUUAGCUUGGCGAUUCAAUCGAAGAAAAGUAUUCAUUUCACUGUUAAAAAGUCACUUGUUGAUUGAUUUUGCAUCCUUUCACGGUUGUGAUCACAAGCGCUUCGAGUAGUUUGGCGUGCGUCUACGAAAAAAAAAAUCACCAAAAUUAAUAUCCAAGGACCAAAGAAAAUAAUCAAACGUUUUGGUGAAAGGGACAUGUCAUCUGGAGUAUCAUGUUUCAUUCGAGGUCCAUCAUUUUGUCAGUCUUUCACAAAAUGGCACAGGAGAUUCUUAGUGAAAACAACUUUUUUACAUAAACAGCCGCAGGGAAAUGCAUUGUGCAAAUUAACCUGCUCGCAUUAGUGCCUGACGGAUUGUUAGAGGUGCUGUAAUUAACUAUUAUGUCUUAUCUCUUUUGUUGUUGAUUUGAGCUAAAUCUCGUCCGUAAAACUCGUUAAAAACGCAUUUCUUCAAUAUUAUUGCAGUUUACAAACUCGACCUUUUCUCCUUUGUCCGGUACACGCAAACUUUUUGGUUGAAAUUGGUUUUAAGAUGAGAAUGUUUUGAACAGAAGUCCUCAUUCCCAAGACCAACUUUUAAUUCAGGUCAUGCCCUUCGAUUAUAUUAUGUGAAAGCUGAUACAUAAUCAUCCUACAUCGCUAUCACAAGUAACACAAUCAGGACAUCUUUUCACCAGUUUAGGAAAAUUCACCCGAUUCUGUCCUUCAAGGGCACAAAUUUUUUAAAAUUUUAUUUUGUUCUUUCUUUUAAUGAGCAGUCUUCUUGAGAGUUUUAAAAGUGAUUCGUGCAAUUAUGUACCAAAGGUUAUCACUUAAUUGAAACACCCACACCGUCAAUUAUUAAGAUGGCGAGAAACUCAGCCCAAUAUUUGUGAUAAACAAUGACAUUCGUUGCAUAAGUCUGUUGCUAUAAUCCAUGACAUACAAGCCAGAUAAGAUAAGAUUAAAAUGUCUUUUGAUAGCCCAAACUACAGAUUGAAUCAAAAACGCUUUACACCAGUCCAAAAUAGACCUCAGAUUUACGAUCUCUCACUGAUUCACACAAUGUUGCUUUGAUUUUCUCUUGCGUGAUCCUCGUCCGGUUCAAAGUUGACUGUUUCAUAAGAGACAUUUUAAUUGCAAGAUCAGAAAUCGCUCAGGGUGAACGACUCGUUAGAGCCUAGUUAAUAUUUUUCGUGGGUGUGUGGUGGUGGGGGGGAGGGGGAUGUACCGAACUCGUGGGGUACAUUCUACUCUCAAUCGUUAAGUCCUAGUUGUUUGUUGUUUAUCGUCAACAUUCACCACGUCACAAACUUAGAACACUCUCUUCCAAAACCUAUCACUCUAAUCAUCACGUCUCCUAUUCAAUUGUUACCUAACCUGGAAUGCGUAAAUGCCAUGUCACGCAACUUCCGUUAAGAGGGGGAUUUUGGUGAUGUCAUGUUAAAAUUUGCCUGUUUCCCCCAUAAGGCUCUGUGACAUUCUUAGGCCCCCCCGUCACUGGUAGUUAAUUGGCAGUCAGUUUUCUAUAGUUCGCCCUUUAUCCUCUGUUGACGACGACUGACCCCCUCCCCGACUGACCCCUCCCUCUCUCAUGAAAACCAUGAGACCCUCUGCAAAAUCCUCCCGCCCCCUCCCCCUUCAUUAAAUAAUGAAUUGUCCCCUAGAUCCCACUAAACGAUGAUAAAACAUCGUCCCACAGUUAUAACCCUACCCUUCACCGCUACCUUGGUGCCCUUUCCACACCCCUCACCCUCUACUAUUAUACCCAUGAUCCCACCCCAGUUUAGGCUUGUCCCGCUUGUGAUCGACUACCCUUGAGCAACCUCUACCGUUUGGAGCAACUUUUGGUGGUUCUAGCAACGUCAGAAAAUUUUUGGUUUAGAGCACUUAUCAAGCACGAAAAAGUCAACGAUUUCAUAGAAAAAAUCAAUUUAUGCAAAUUUCUUGGAAUGAUUAUUAACCUUGAAGGGCUCAGCCAAUAAUUUUUUUACUCACUUGUGUUGUAGGCAAUCGCCGUGUCAAGUUUGAGGAGUUCCUCGCUAUCUUCUUGGCUGAGAAACAAAAGGCAAAACUGGUCACCGCCCAGCAGUUUAUCGACACGUUGAGCGUUUUUGACAAGGACAAUGCCGGCAAGGUCUCCUCUGCUGAACUACGUCACGUGUUAACCGCGCUCGGUAAGCUGGGAGCCAUAAAUCUUUUUGGUCCAUAAAGCUUCUUUUCAUUUGGGUAUGGUAAAACCGAACCCGUUAUAAUCCAAACGUGUCAUCAGAACAGGGUAAAAGGUCUUAACCCUUUUUAUUCCUAGAAGGAUUAACAUGUAACUUCUCCCUAUAAUACCAUACACUAUCCAGCAAACAGGUAGUAAUAAUACUGAAACUUAUCAGUUACAAAAUAUUUUCUUGAUCGAACACCAAAUUCUCGUAACCAAUUUACAAGGAAAUGUGUAGCAGCUAGAGGAGAGAACUAAAAAUCAGAUCUUGGGAGCCAAUGAGUAAAAAAAAAGUCACGCGUGGGAUCAAGUCACGAAUAGUUUAAGCUUUACAUUUGAUUGGUCGGGGAGAUGGUGUGAGUUUUUUGGACCAAUCACAGAGCUAAAGAAAGCAAAACUCGUCUCAUCUAGGACACUAAAAGCUAGAACCAAGUCAGGCCUUGAGUCCCAGUGAUUCAAGACCCUCAAAACGGUCAUUUGUUGGCCAAAAUUGUACAGAAUCAUUUGCAGUUUGGUUUUUUUUACAGUGAAGGGUUUUGAUUGUUCAUUGGUUAAGUUCAAUGGGUUGGGGGGUACUGAUGACGUAUUCUAUUCGUCGCUAUUUGGGUCUACAACGAGCUCCAUUUGACCCAAAUGAAACAAAUUGGAAUUUCGCUAGUAACCGCAGGUAAUUAGCGCGUAGGACUAAAUCAGCGGUCAAGCCAGGGCAUGCGCGAGGGAUCAAUGUUGGGUGUUCGCGCGUUAAUUUCCCGCGCACAAUUUCGAAGGUAAACAUAACAAAAAACCGCCGUCUCGCAAAAUAAGUAAAAGAAAAUUCAAAACGUUCAUAGAAAUCUGUGAAAGGAAAAAUAAGGUGGGAAAGGGAAAACUUUCAGACUUUUCGAACACAAAGCUAAUUUCAAUUCGGAUAUCUUGUAGAUUUACCACUCUGUUUUGAGCUUUGCCAAAAAAGUUAUACGCCUUUAGAAUACCGCGACUUACUAGCUUGUGUGAUUGUCUAUAACACGUGAUAGACAACUUGAUUCUAACAGCUUGAAAGCUAGUAAAUACAACGUUUGCAAAUGCGCAGACGUUUGACCGCUUGCCUGUGUUGCUGGCCUACUGGUGAAGAGUUCCCUUUACGAGCCCUCAGUCGGUGAACGGGUUUUGUUGACUGUUGCGUUUUGCUUUGUGUCAGACACUUCAUUGGUCGUUUAUAAAUCAGUCCUAUAAUCAUUGAACCAAGACCAAUUAACAUAUUUAAGUCCAAGGUAGUUCUCGCAAGGUUGUGUCUAUUUUUAAUCGUAACGAAUUGUUUUGUUUCAAAGGCAAUAAACUCAGAGCCAAAGAAGUGGACGUUUUAUUUGAGGAUGUUGGGGAGCAUGCCGGAUAUGUCAACACUGCAGGUAUGAUAAACUUGAUUCCAAAUCCUUAG